AAAGAAGAAAUGUUGUGUGUGGGAGUGAAUAGCUUGGUUUCCUGAUUUGCGCAACUGUUAAGGUAUAUAACGUCCCACUUGCAAACCAUAGGAAGUUGAAAAUCCCGUGAGUUGCAAAAGAUGGAAAAGCAACAUUUCUGUUUUUCGACGUUUGUUCUGUUUCUUGUGCUUUGCUCCAUUCCUGUUGAUAGCAAAUACUUGAUUACGACAACACGCGUGUAUUAUGCCGGCACCACACAUGAUGUAAAUGUAAAUCUCUACGACACCAAAAACCCCUGGAAUAUUACCGCAUCCCUCAAGAUCGCUAAAGGAGACAAGACUAUAUCGACGGCUAGUAAAGUGUUCGAUGACGCGUUACAAGGAACGUUGAAGAUAAAGGUUCCUGAGAUCGUUCCCGUACGUUACGACCACUUCGAUAUUGUAAAUCUGGUUGUGGAAGGGUAUGAAUUGGGAGAGGCUAAUCCGCAGCGAUUCAAGGAAAAACAAGCUUUGACACUAAAGAAACAUAGCGUUUCUAUCUUUAUUCAAACUGAUAAACCAAUAUACAAACCUGGACAGACUAUACGCAUGAGGAUUGUUUGCUUGUCACCUGAUUUGAAACCUUCCAGUGGCCAGGUUCAACGUGUAUCUAUAGCGAAUCCUUCGGGAGUUCGCAUGAUGCAAUGGGACAAACUGGAUUUGCAUAACGGAAUUGCCAGUUUGGAAAUGUCACUGUCAAAAUACCCUGUACUAGGAGAAUGGAAGAUCGAGGCAAAGCAUAAGGAUAAGAAAAUUAUCAAGGUUAUCGAAGUCUCCAAGUAUGUUCUUCCGAAGUUUGAAGUGAUUAUUCGACCUCCUCCAUUUAUUGCAAUUGAUAGUAAAGACGUUAGUGGUACCAUAUGUGCAAGAUAUACGUAUGGUCAACUGGUCAAGGGCAAGUUAAAAGUGACUUUCAGGUUGAAGCAAAGUUGGUGGUGGUCAUCAAGAAGAAAUGAAAGGAAAAUUGAUGUCGAGAAAAAUAUUACAGGAUGCUACGAUUUCACGCUGACCAAUAAAGAUCUUGGUCUUGCUGGGAUGAAGUAUUCCUAUUAUGGCGCUCUUCUGAAUAUUACUGCCGUUAUGACGGAAGAAGCUACUGGCAUCUCGCUAACUGCGACCAGCACCAAGACAAAUAUCGUUCCUUAUCGUGUAAAAUUGGAUUUCCGUGUCGGUACACCCAAUCAUUUCAAACCUGGACUUCCAUUCUAUGGUCAGCUUCAUGUCACUUCUCCUGACAAAAAGCCAAUCAGAAACGAGACCGUCACCAUUACAGCUGAGGAUGACAAAAGAGGUUUCAUAUUCAAAAGAAAAUUCUUGGUCAACAACGGAAUCGUUAACUUUGUCUUACCUGAAAUACCAAUAAAGGCAAAGUACCUUUCGAUAAAUGCUCGACAUGGUUCCGGGCAAAUAUUUGGUUCAGACUAUGGAGUAUCCAACUGGUACUCAACAGCAGGAAUCCACUGCAGGCCUUGGUAUUCGAAAAGCUGGAGCUUCUUGGCCCUUGGUAAACUGCAUACUCCAUUAAAGGUUGGACAAAAGGCGAAAAUCAAUUUCCAGUACACAUUUAAGGGAGAUGAAUUUAAAAGUGAAUUUGUUUAUCAUUUGAUGUGCCGUGGAAAAUCGGCAGCAAGUGGCAGGAAAACUAUUUCAUUCCAGACUAAAACUAGAGUUACACAACCAACCACCGAACCGACCACCGGAACGACCACCGGAACGACCACUGGACCGACCACCGGACCGACCACCGGGCCAGUAACAAACAAUACGAACGUCACAACCUCCACAACUACUACCUCAACUACUACCUCAACUACUACCACACCUACUACCACACCUACAACAGAACCAAUCACUCGCAGCAGUGCUUCAGACCUGAAAGCAGCCAAUGGAAUGAUUGAGUUUCAAGUGACCCAGAGCAUGGUGCCAUCAUGUCGAAUGCUAAUAUAUUAUGUGAGGAAGGAUGGUGAGACAGUAGCUGACAGCAUGGUGGUAGACAUAGAGGACAAGCUUCAAAAUCAGGUACAAGUGCGACUCAGUGAAAGCGUUCGAAGACCUGGCGAGCAGGUUCAAAUCACUCUAUCAGCUGCACCUGGGUCAACAGUUGCUCUGGCAGCGGUAGACAAGAGUGUUCGUAUUUUACGAGAAGCUGACGAUCUCGACUCUGACGAUAUAUUUGAUAUUUUGUCUGCACAAGAUGUUGGUCCAUCAAGGCAGUAUAAACAGCAAAGACAUUGCAAGCCACGUUAUCCAUUUUGGAGACCGCCUAUAAGGCGAACGCGAAGUAUCAUGCCACGCUCAAUAGAUGUGUAUGUGGAUGCGUCCAAAGCAUUUUACGAUACUGGUCUUGUUUAUUUUUCUAACCUGACGAUAGAAUCGCGUCCAUGUCCCGAAUUUAACUACCUGUGGAGGUCAAGAGAAAAUGGUCCCAUAAAUGGUGGUCCAAGGCCUGUACCUCUAUUCAGCAGAAUUAUUGGUCAAAGAGGAGGAGCUGGGGGAUUUGGUGGUCGUCCUGGUCCUAAUUUGGUACGAAAAACUCAAAAGAAAGCAGUUGUAGCUCCUCCGACUGUAAGGAAAAACUUCCCAGAAACUUGGCUCUGGACGGAUGAGGUUGUCAGCAACUCGACUGGACAAACUGUAAUAACGGCCAAAGUUCCAGACACGAUCACCAGCUGGUAUGCCAGUGCCUUUGCUAUGUCUACAAGUCAUGGAAUCGGUGUGACAGAUCCGUCCAUUCUAACUGUCUUCCAGCCUUUCUUCGUGUCAUUUACCUUGCCUUAUUCUGUUAUACGUGGAGAACAAGUCAGUAUCAUCACUACGGUUUUUAACUACAUGAGUCAAUGCUCGACGAUUCUUGUAAGCUUGACAAGGACAGAACAUUUCGAGUUAUCUUCCAAUGUCGACCAAAGAAUAUGCAUAUGUGGCAACGAGGCAAAGUCUGUCAAGUACGUCCUUACGCCCCUCCAACUUGGACAUAUUCCCUUGAAGGUUACAAUCAGGAAUGUCUUACCAAGUCUGUGCCAAGACCCAUCCAACGAGGCCCCGUUAGGAAUAUCCGAUGCUGUUGUGCGCAAGCUCUUAGUGGAGCCAGAAGGCGUGAGACAGGAAUACACGUACAGCAGUUUUGUUUGUCCUAAAGAUUCCGCAGUAGUCAGUGAUAAGAUAGAAGUGAAUCUUCCAAAAGAUAUUGUUACUGGCUCUGUCCAUGCAACUAUUUCGACUAUUGGUGACUUGAUGGGGCCUAGUUUAACGGGGCUUGAAGGAUUACUCCGGCUACCAACCGGCUGUGGUGAACAAAAUAUGGUCAAGUUUGCUCCCAACAUCUUUAUCAUGCAAUAUCUAAACAGUACUAGGCAACUUGCUGGAGACUUACAAGAUAAGGCUGUUGGCUUCCUAAGGACAGGAUAUCAGCGAGAACUAACUUACAAACGUAAGGAUGGCUCGUACAGUGCUUUUGGUGACAGGGAUGACGAGGGAAGUUUAUGGCUGACUGCGUUCGUACUGCGGUCAUUUUCUCAAGCACGUCAGUUUAUCUUUGUUGACGAAGAAGAAAUUAAGUCAACAACGAAGUGGAUCGAAUCCAAACAACUGGACAAUGGUUGCUUCAGAGAACAAGGAAGAUUAUUCAACAAGGCUCUAAAGGGAGGUGUAUCAACUGCCGUCACAUUAACGGCUUAUGUCGUUAUAUCAUUAUUGGAGAGCAAAGUAGAUCCAUCGAGUCCAGUUAUUGUGAAUGCUCUUCAAUGCAUUACUGCCCAGAAAGACACCGUGACAGACUCUUAUAGUAACGCAAUCAUUGCUUUUGCACUGACUCUUGCUAAACAUUCUAGUCGGGGAGAGUUUAUUGCUAGGCUUAGAUCGAAAGCGAUUUUUAAAGAUGGACUGAUGUACUGGGAAAAAACCGUAAAACCGGUCAAACAAACCGAAUAUUUCUGGUUGCCUCCAUACAAUCGUGCUGCAUCCGCUAAUAUUGAAAUGACAUCGUACGCAUUGCUGGCCCUGGUUGGUGACGGAAGAGACAGUAUUGCUGUUGCUGAUGCCUUGCCAAUUGUACGUUGGAUUACUAAACAGAGGAACGCACUUGGAGGAUUUUCAUCUACACAGGACACAUGUGUAGCCCUACAGGCGAUUUCACGAUAUGCCGGGUAUACCUAUAGUGGAACUACUAAUAUGAGAGUUGAUGUUGGGUAUACAAAUGAUCCAAAAUUCCGCCACACUUUCCGUAUCGACGAUAUCAACAGACUGGUCUUACAACGGGCUAAGAUUCCAGAGGACAUUCUACCAAUAACGAUUCCGGUUGAUGCUUUUGGUAGAGGCUGUGCUUUAGUACAGGCGGAUGUUGCUUAUCAUAUACGCGACGUCGCAGAAAAACAAGCAUUCGGGUUGUCAGUGAGCGUCAGACGCCGUCCUGUAGAAGCGUCCUCCCUUGUAAUGACCGAAGUAGGAGAGGAACUUUGUCAACCCCUUGAGAUGUACAUCUGUGCUAAGUGGUUAGGAGAAGAUACUUCUGGUAUGGCUGUAAUAGAAACAAAGCUCGUAUCUGGAUUCACUGCUGACGAAGAAACAUUGGAGAGGUUAAUGAAUCGUCAUGAUCUUGGUCUGAUGAAAUACGAACUAGAAGAAAACAAAGUCAUUCUUUAUUUUGACGAGAUAAAGAAUGUUUGCGUUUCAUUCGGAAUUAUUCAAUCGUCUGUGGUGAAGAAAACCAAGCCAUCUUCUGUUAUAGUUUACGAGUACUACGACACAGAUAAAUCAGCCACUGAAAUGUAUAAUAUAACAGAAGAACUGUGCUUGCCAGAAACAGAAGUUUCUCUGCCCGAAAUAACGCCUGCACCUCAAGCAAGCUGUCUUUUGUGCCCAAAGCAAAUUGACUUUGAUAUUUCUAAAAUACAGGGACUGGUGUGCAAGGCCAAUAACGUACUGGCUGUUCGUACAGUGAAAGACGGAGGGAUGAGAUUCGAGUUCAUUUCCACGACUGCAGAGUUUAUAGUUGGAAAGAAGCUCGAAAAGAAAUCAGUACGCCCCAUUGAGAUCGUUCUGCCUAAAGGUUGUAGUUGUUCUGCCUUGUCUCCUCGUUCUAAGGCUUUGGUCCUGCUACAAAAGAAGAAAAUCAAGAAGAACGUCAAGAGGAUUGUUUUAAGUAAAACUGCUGUGGUUUUGCAUCGCAGGAAAGCAUACAAGACUCAACUCUUAACAGCUUUGCUCAAUUGUCCUUGAGUACAAGCCACAGCUCACUGGACUGCAACAAUAUAAUCAACUCGCUUAUUCUCAUAGAUUUUACGUUUAUGCAUGACCAAUAGAUGAAUACCCUGGGCUCCAAAAGUUCUAUUUCGCUUCUUGUAACGAGCGAGCGUCGACAUCCCGUCAAAACAGCAAACGCCAGAACGAAAAUAUAUAACCUCUGAACCUCAGCGUAAUAGAUGAAAGAAGCUUGCUACACUAUUAUGUAGUUACUGUGCUUAGCACUCUUUUAACUGUUGAUUGCAUAUUUUGUUUUCAAAAAAAAUUCUACGCUACAUUUUUGGUGACUAUUUCUUUCAGUUUUAAAUUUGUUAUGGGUUUUCUGACGGAAGCCUUGUCGUAGGGUAAAACCGCAAUAGAAAUGUUCUCUAAUUUAUUUGGGAAAUGGAAUCUCAUGCGAAAACAUUUCAUGGUUUCUAUCCACAACAUGGCUGCCGUUAAAGAUCCACUAUAUAGCGACAUUCAAGGCCGCGCCUUACAAACAUUUGUGUCAGAUCUUGUAUGUUAUACCACGAAAUAAAGAAAAAUCAAUAUCAAUGA